AUGAUCAUUUUAGAUGAUGGGCAACUUAUUGAGCAAGUAGAGUGCUUUACUUUUAUUUAUAAUAAAAACGAUCCGGCUUUUAAAGAUAAAAUAGUCAAGGAAAAUGCUUGGCAAACCAUAGCGGCCGUUAUGAAUGUGAGUCCUCAAGAAUGUGAACAAAGAUGGACAAUCCUCAGAAACCGAUUUUCAACGGAACUAAGACAAUCAAAAAACACACCAUCCGGAAGACAGGCCACGCACCAAUGGCCAUUAUUUAAGGCAAUGCAGUUUUUGAUACCUUUUCCCAGAAAAACUAAAAGAAAUGUGCAAGAGUUAAAAAGCACACAAAUGCCCACAGAAGCCCACAAGGUAUGAGACACAUAUUCACACAUUUCGGAGGGGACAUAGAAUUGAAUAUUGAUGAUGAUUCAAUGUCCUUGUCCUUAGUGACUCCCACCGAAUCAAUGACCCCAUCCACUUCCUCAACUAGCCGUCAAGGAGCGAGUUGGGGUCUGCUCUUAAGGUAGCCAUGAGUGGAUUUAACAGUUACCGUGAGGAGCAAAAACAGCCUUCCUUCC